AUGUCGGAUCCCCCCCAAUCCCCUUCGAAGGACGUCGAGCCAGGUGUACAGUCACCCGACGGCGAUGAAGCACAAAUGAACGAUCCUCAGGACCCACACGCCAGCGGCCUCGGCUAUGAGUUCGAAGUCAAGGAGCAGGACAGGUGGUUGCCUAUAGCCAAUGCAUUCUCGCGCAAUUGGUUCAGGCGCUGGAGACUGCCGCGCAUGAGCAACUCGUCCAUGUCGAACGAUUCGCCGCCUCAGUCGCCCAAAGCGCCGCGCGCUUCCUCCAAAGCGGACAAGUAUGAUUGUUACGAUGCUAACAUUCGCAACUUUGCACCAGUCGCCCGCAUCAUGAAGAUGGCUCUCCCCGAGAAUGCCAAGAUUGCGAAGGAGGCCAAGGAGUGCAUGCAGGAAUGCGUGAGCGAGUUCAUCAGCUUCAUCACGAGCGAGGCCUCGGAAAAGUGCCACCAGGAGAAGAGGAAGACGGUGAACGGCGAAGAUAUCCUGUUCGCCAUGACCUCUCUCGGGUUCGAGAACUACGCAGAGGCUCUGAAGAUCUACCUGUCAAAAUACCGAGAGCAGUCUCAGUCCAACAGAGGCGAAAACCAACAGAACAGGCCAAGUAGCCAAGGCUACGGGGCAAGUGCACCCGGCGGGACCAACGCCGGCGGCUCAGGCUUCCAAGGCGGCGAGUCGGUCGAAGGCGGGGAGGGCUACAUGUACGGCCAAGGCCACAACGGUGCGGCCGGUGAGACCUACUAA